UCAGAGACGCUGAAGGGACAGACAUUAAUAUUCAGAGAUGAAUGGAAGACAAAGGAUGAAGCUUCUACUGAGCAGUCUGCUACUCACGUUUCUGUGUGCUCAUUUUUCUCAGUGUGUUUCUUCAGACACGAUUGUUGUGAAACAGACUCCUGAUGUUUCGGUCCAGGACGGGGAGACAAUAAACAUCACCUGCUGCUGGACGGAGAACAUUGAACGAACGAGAGUGUACUGGCUGAAAAACCAAAUAUUUAUCAAGAAUGAAACUAACCAUAAACCUCAAGAAUCUCUGAAUCAGCAGGAAGAUUCUUGUUCAACUCUGAUCUUUCCAAAUAUCACUAGAAAUGAUUCAGGCAGAUACAUCUGCAGGGUUAAUGUGGAGAUACCAGUAUUUAAAGACGUUGAAGGAAAUGGUACGAUCAUCACAGUUACAUCCAGAGAAAACAAAGAUGACAACACAGAUCACCAUAAAGAUGACGGUGUGUUCAUCUUUGUCCUGAGGUGCCUGCUCAUCACUGCCCUCUUCUCAUCCCUCCUGUUGUUCCAGUGUUGGUGGACUAAAACUCGGAACACAUCAGCUGCUUCUGGAAGCAAAUCCACUCCACUGCAAAGACGAGACGGAGAUCAGCAGGAACAUCAGGAACAUCAGGAGAGAUGA